AUGAAAUCAGGAUUUCAAACUCCGCUUCAGCACGUGAUCGUUACUUGCUCUCCACUAUCGUGUUGGAUAAUCUCUACGAUGGCUAAUGUGGCCAAUUUAGCAGACAAACUAUCCGAGUUAACAAUAAAACAAGACACCACCUCAUCCGGUAGCGCAACAUCCUCAAAACUAGCAUCAAAAUAUCAGGGUAGCGCGUCUACCUCUACACGGGCACCCCCAGGGACUACUCUCAAGCUUCUGAGCAACAAGAGCUCAGCAUCGACACUAACUUCGGCUACGAAUACGGCGACAACAUCAAAUGCCACAGCAAACAAGACGUCGAGCGCGGAGCAGGAUUCCACAAAGGCUACAUCUAGUACUGUUCGAGGGGCUCCUCCGACUCUCGCGGAUAUAGGAACAUACGAUGGAGGUUUUGAAAGCGAGAUGGACGGCGGUAGGGGAGCAGAGGUAGAUGGUGAAGCAGCAGAACAAUUAGCACUCGAUUCAUCCACCUCGAGGUGA